UACCAGAGGUAAAUAAGAGGUCUUGAAAAAUAUAUGAUACCACAGGCGUUCAUGCAUAUCUUCCUCGCGCUUCUCUCUCCGACAAUCUCCGCUGCUCCAUGACAAUGGGGAGAUCAAUUACAGCUUUCUCGUUUGCGUUGCUUGCUUCUUUAGCUUCAGCACUCGUCCUUGUGGUUCAAGCCCAACAAAAUCCAGGUUUCAUCAGCAUCGAUUGCGGGGCGACUCUUGCAUACACAGAGGAGGGACUUGGCAUAACAUACAAACCGGAUGGUGGAUUGAUAGGCUCUGGAAAGAUUAUGCAGACAUCUAGGAUGCUCACGUAUCGGAAUAAUCGACAGUUAUUCAAGACUGUGAGGAUCUUUCCUAAUGGAACGAGGAAUUGUUACACUUUAAGGCCAGACCAAGGCAAGAACGGAACCUACUUGAUUAGGGCAACAUUUUGGUAUGGGAACUAUGAUGGGAAGUAUCAGGCUCCUUCGUUCGACUUAUACAUCGAUGUUAAUUAUUGGGCCACAGUGGACUACUUCAAUUAUGGUUUUGAGGAAAUCAUGUAUGUGUCCCAAGCAGACGAUAUAAGAGUGUGCUUGGUGAACACGGGCAAUGGAGUGCCCUUCAUUUCGGCAUUGGAACUAAGAGCUUUGGAUGAUGGCAUCUAUCGAUCGAGAUCUGGAUUCCUGCAACUCCAUUGGCGGAACGACAUCGGACGGAGCUUGGAGGAUGAUGUCAGGUACCCUGCCGAUGCUUACGAUCGGAUCUGGACACCUGAAAACUAUAAUUUCGGACUCAUGCUAAACACCACAUCCGCCAUUGAUGCAUCUGACGAUAAUGAUGCGGGUAAGUAUAAGGUUCCCGGGGAAGUUCUUCGGACCGCUCAAACAACAAGGAGUGCCAGUUCUCGCUUUGAAAUAAAGUGGUCACCUUCAGCAUCUGGAAAGAACUGGGUUGUGUACUUCCAUUUCGUCGAGAUCGAGAGACUGACGAGCGGCCUCCGGAGGGAGUUCACGAUUUCCAUGAUCGAUAAUCCGUUCACAGAGACGGUCAGCCUCGAAUACUUGAAGCCCGUGGUUGUAGUUUUCCCUCCGGUUGACGGGUUGUCCAUCACCUUCUUCAUCGAUUCAGCAAAUAAGUCUCGAAAUCCGCCGAUCCUCAACGCCGUGGAGUUCUAUACUGUUGGUGAUCUUCGAAAUGUACCCACAGCACCAGAUGAUGUGAAAGCGAUCAAUGACAUCAAAGCAACAUAUUACAUUAAGAGAGAAAGCUGGCAAGGUGAUCCGUGCGUACCAAGCAAUUACGCAUGGGAUGGUCUAAAUUGUAGCAAUGAAAAUCCUCCAAGGAUUAUAUCGCUGAAAUUGAGCUCAAGCAAUUUGACGGGCGACAUAGUCUCAUCACUUUCCCAUCUAUCAAGAUUGGAAUACUUAGAUUUGUCCAACAAUCAGCUUACAGGAGCAAUACCAGAAACUCUGGCAGACUUACCAAAUCUUACAUUUCUAAAUUUAAGUGGAAACAACCUGAUUAAAACAGUUCCUGAAGCACUCAAGAAAAGGAUUGUGGACAAUACUUUAAACAUGAGUUUAGAAUAUGCCAAUCUGUGCCUAGCUGAUUCUUGCCCGCAGAAGAAGAAACAAAAAACCAUCCUCGUUCCAGUUGUAACAUCAGUUUUCGGCUUCUUUGUGGUUCUCUUUGGUGCUUCGGCUAUUAUCUGGUUGAUUAAACGGAAACAAAUAGCAGAAUCAAGUGAAAGGACGCUGAGAUUAAAGAAUCGACCUUUUAAGUAUGGAGAGAUUUCAAGAAUCACUGGGAACUUUGGACGAGUGAUUGGUGAAGGUGGAUUUGGAAAGGUAUAUCUUGGUACACUAGAUAAUGGCACCGCAGUUGCUGUGAAGAUGCUUUCUGAAUCAUCAAGGCAAGGGUACAAGGAAUUUCAAGCAGAGGCGCAGCUCUUAAUGAUUCUUCACCACAGAAACUUGGUUUCUCUGCUUGGAUAUUGCAAUCAGUCCAAGCACAUGGCAUUAAUAUAUGAAUACAUGGCCAAUGGAAAUUUAUGGCAACAUUUAUCAGGUAAAGUUAAGAUGCAUCCAACAGGGGACCAUCCGAAGGUCUUGACAUGGAGUAACAGACUACAAAUUGCUGUGGAUGCAGCACAAGGUUUGGAUUAUUUGCACAAUGGUUGCAAGCCAUCCAUCAUCCACAGAGACAUGAAGACUACUAACAUCUUGUUGAACGAAGAACUCCAAGCCAAAGUAGCUGAUUUUGGCCUGUCUAGAGCUUUUGCGACUGAAAAAGACUCUCAUGUGUCAACUUUUCCUGCAGGCACUCCUGGCUACGUCGACCCUGAGAUUCAUUCUUCUGGAAACUUUAACAAGAAGAGCGAUGUUUAUAGUUUUGGAAUCGUACUGUCUGAGUUGAUCACAGGCCGACCCGCAGUAAUGAGAAGUCGGGAUGGCAGCGCCAGCAUGCACAUACUUGAAUGGUUGAUUCCGAUAGUUGAAAGCGGUGAUAUACAGAGCAUUAUGGAUCCAAGGCUACAAGGAGAAUUCGACUUCAACUCGGCUUGGAAACUAGUGGAGAUUGUCAUGUCUUGUACGCAACCAACGGCAAUUCAAAGGCCGGAUAUACAUCAAGUAUUGGCAGAGUUGGAGUCUUUGGUGAGCAAAAAAUCAAGUGGUUACUCUGAAAUGACCUCCUUGGAGCUCCCAUCUAACGAGGUCCCUCUCGCUAGGUAG